UCCCAUGUAUCUGUGAAGAAAACGGAAACUUUUUUCAGGCAGACAGAAGGAGAACUGUGUUAAAUUUCAGUUAAGGAAGCUCUUGAGAAUGGGACUAAGGGAAGAACUUUUAAAGUCUAUCUGGCACGCUUUUACAGCCUUGGAUGUCGACAAAAGUGGAAAAGUAUCCAAGUCACAAUUAAAAGUCCUGUCUCACAAUCUGUGUACUGUGUUGAAUGUCCCUCAUGACCCUGUUGCUCUGGAAGAACACUUCAGAGACGACGAUGAGGGCCCAGUCUCCAAUCAAGGAUACAUGCCCUAUCUCAAUAAGUUUAUACUGGAUAAGGUCCAAGACAACUUUAACGGGCUGGAUUUCAACAGGAUGUGCUGGACACUCUGUUCCAGGAAAAACUUGACAAAAAACACUCUGUUGAUCACUGAUGACGAUGCCUUCAAAAUCUGGUGCAUCUUCAACUUCCUCACAGAGGACAAAUACCCGCUAACACUAGUAACAGAAGAGAUUGAGUACUUUCUAAGGAAGCUGACUGAGGCAAUGGGUGGUAUUUGGAUUGAGGAAAAAUUCGAAGAUUACAAGAUCCAAUUGAACGCUAAGCAGCAAUGCCUUUCUGUUUGGGAACUCAUUGAACUGAUCGGCACAGGACACUUCAGCAAAGGAAUGGAUCGACAAACGCUGUCUAUGGGAAUUAAUGAGGUUUUUCAGGAGCUCAUACUAGACGUGUUAAAACAGGGUUAUAUGAUGAAAAAAGGACACAAAAGGAAAAACUGGACCGAACGUUGGUUUGUGCUGAAGCCGAAUGUUCUUUCAUACUUUGUGAAUGAGAAUUUAACAGAGAAGAAAGGACAUGUCGUGCUGGAUGGUGGCUGCUGUGUGGAGUCUUUACCGGACAAAGAGGGAAAGAAAUGCCUUUUUCUAAUAAAGUGCGCUGGUAAAAGUUUUGAGAUCAGUGCCUCAGAUAAAAAGAAGAAACAGGAAUGGAUUCAAGCUAUUCAGACUGCUGUCAACCUGCUGAGACAGGGCCUCCCGGCUCCUCACAAGGAAGCGCGUCAGAAACGGAAAGAGCUGCGCCAGAAACUGCAGGCAGAGCAGGAGGCUGUGGAGCAGAGGAUGAAGGAGCUGCAGAUCGCCAACGAGAGCAAGCAGCGGGAGCUGGAGACCAUGAGGAGGAAACUGCAAGAAGAUGCAGCCAACGCUGCCGAGGAAGAGAGGAGACGGCAGCAGACACAGACUGAGCUGCACGACCGCUACAGGACAGACCUGGAGAGAGAGAAAAUGGUGAGGCAGCAGAUGGAGGAGGAGGUUGCUCAGAAGUCCUCCGAGUUGGAGCAGUACCUGCAGAGAGUUCGUGAGCUGGAAGACAUGUACCACAGGCUGGAGGAGUCCCUGGAGGAUGAGAGGCAGGCACGGCAGGAUGAGGAGACUGUCCGCAAGCUGCAGGCCAGGCUGCUGGAAGAAGAGGCGACUAAGCGAGCAGAGUUAGAGCGUUUACACUUGCAGCAGCAGAAAGCCAUUUCUAGGACCGAAGCCGAGAAGCAGGAACUGGAGCAACAGCGCAUUGGGAAGGAACAGGCACUGCAGGCAGCCAUGCUGCAACUGGACCAACUUGAGAGCGAGCGCAAAGAAGCGCUGGAGCAGUACGAGGAGGUUAUGAAGAAGCUGGAGAAUGCAGCUAAUAAGACAAGAAGCUGGAAGGACAAAGUAGCUCAACAUGAAGGGUUAAUACGUUUGAUUCAGCCAGGUUCAAAAGGUCCACAAUUGAUCACUAACUGGGGAGCAGCAGCGUUUACUGAGGCAGAACUGAACCUGAGAGAGAAAAGCUGGCAGGAGAAAAAAAGCAGUGUGACCCAGUAGUAGAGCCGGCUGACGUAACCAGCGCUUUGAGCAUUCCAGAAGCGUUGCAGAGGCUCUAGAACAGCGGUCCGCACAGUUUUGGCCACAGGCACACUAAUAUUUGUCAGAAGGUCGAGGGCGUUAUCAUUAAUACAGAAUGUGUAAUAAAAGGACAUUGAAAUAUUGCUUUAUAAAAUAGAUCACAAGCUGAGUACUACAUUGUAAUAUGUUGUCAAUCAAUAUAUUAUUAUUGCAUUAUUUUAGAUUAUGCCAGAGGAGUAAUGUGAAGCAGCUUUGAGGGUCACUGUUCUAGAACCUUUACAGGAUAAAGCUUUCAGCUCCUGGUAAAGAACCAUUUCACUGAGCAGUAUCAAAGGAGUAUGAAGUAGAUGGCUAAUCCUGCUUCUUAGUAACUAAAUACACCCACAGAUGUACCUAGGCUGUUGCCUUUCUAGAAAUUGUAUUUCUGUACCUUUUUCUGAAUGCUUGUGUGUGUCAUUUAAAUUUUUGCUAUAUGUCAUUGCUUUUCUCUAUUUCAUUUAUAAUAUAUAUUUUUUUUUAUCAUUUGAAGAUGAAGAUAGUUGUAGUUGUACAAUUUUGAUUUCUAAACAUUUGUGUUUUUUUUUUUUUUUUUUUUUUUAUAAUCCAGCAGUUGCUUGCUGUACUCAUUUUAGUGUUGUUUUAAACUGUCAAAGUAUUGAAAGUAAAGUGUUUUAAGUGUAGGGGGAGCCAUUGAAUGUCACUUGCUUCAGGUAGUUUAUAAACUUUGAUAAGGAUUUAAUAAUUAGUGUAAUCUUUCAUUAAAACAAUAACAUGUAUUGUUGUACAUCAUAACUAGGCUUGCUACUAUUCGAUUUGUAGUUUUUUGCCAAAUCAACGAUUAAUAUCGGCGUUUAUUUUACCGUUUUUUUUCUAUCUUUAAUUUUCCAUUCAAGCAGUUGUGUGAAAUCAACCUUUAUGCUUUAAAAAACGUCUUAUUUAGCAAAGCCCCUUAAUCAUAUUCAACAUGCAACAAAAUCAUGCUUACAAACGUUAUAAUUGAAAUAACGUUUGGUCACAGCAGAGCUAUAC